AUGAGAAAAUUCUUUAGAGAUAGACACGUAAAACACCCAGUAACUAAAAUUAAUUUAGAAGCGGUUGUUAAUAAAAAACAUAAAUCCAGUGCAACUAAGAAAUUAUGUAAAGACAUUGCAUUUGAAGUAUGUGGGUUUAAUCCUCUUGAAAGAAAAGUUAUGGAAUAUAUUAAGAGUGAUAACUCUAAGAAAGGUCUUAAUUUAUUAAAAAAGAGAUAUGGUUCCUUAAAAGCUGCCAAUAAGAAGUUUGAAUUGUUAAAUAAGAAGAUGAGAUAA